AUGGCGGACCCGUUCCAGGCCCGCACGUUGAAACGCAAGAACGUCAAAGGUCUUGCUCUCAACGCUGCACCCAAACCCGCUGCGGAUGAAGCCCUUGGAUCGAACGGAAACAGUGAAAGCAAUCCCACAGAUACCCUCGAAAUUGGCUUGGAGUUUCGCCUUGAUCUUCGCAGUGAGGACUUGGUCACAUUAAAGGAACUUGGCGCUGGAAAUGGAGGUACCGUAUCCAAGGUGAUGCACGCAUCUACCAAGGUAGUGAUGGCUAGAAAGAUCAUCCGUGUCGAGGCCAAAGAAAACGUGCGGAAACAGAUUCUACGAGAACUCCGAGUCGGACAUGACUGCAAUUGUCCCAAUAUUGUCACUUUUUACGGUGCAUUCCAAAACGAAGCCAGAGAUAUUGUGCUGUGCAUGGAAUACAUGGAUCUCGGAUCUCUUGAUCGUGUUUCUAAAGAUUUCGGCCCUGUGCGAGUCGACGUGCUAGGAAAGAUCACCGAGUCUGUCCUGGCUGGUCUUGUCUACCUAUACGAAACCCACCGCAUUAUGCACCGUGAUAUCAAGCCCUCCAAUAUAUUGGUCAACUCCCGCGGCAACAUCAAGCUUUGUGACUUCGGUGUCGCUACCGAGACAGUCAACUCAAUUGCCGAUACAUUUGUCGGCACUUCCACAUACAUGGCACCCGAAAGAAUCCAGGGAGGAGCUUACACGGUUCGUUCAGAUGUAUGGAGUGUGGGCUUGACAGUCAUGGAGCUGGCUGUGGGAAAAUUCCCCUUCGAUCAUUCCGACUCGGCUGCUGGAAACCGUGCCAGCGCAGGGCCGAUGGGUAUUCUCGAUCUUCUUCAGCAAAUUGUCCACGAGACGGCACCCAAGCUGCCAAAGAGUGAUGCUUUCCCGCCUAUUCUGCAUGAUUUUGUUGGAAAGUGUCUUUUGAAAAAAUCCGAGGAACGGCCAACGCCUCGAGAACUAUAUGACAAGGAUGCUUUCUUGCAAGCCGCCAAGCGGACGCCUGUUGACCUUGAGGGAUGGGCAAGGAGCAUGGUAGAUAAAUACAACCGCAAGUCCUACCUAGGACCGCCAGCACCGAAAUCUCUCCGGGGUGCUCAGACGCCAACUUCAAACCCGAGCCCAUCUCCUGUUGCAGCUCCCACAUCAGCAACUAUUGGAAAACCGCUACCCAUCAGCAAGUCAAGCCGAACCCCAACAUCCAGCGACCCCCGGAUUGCCAACGAAUAUUCCUCCAACCCCCGUUACUAUGAGCCACAGCCCCAGGCCCAGCUCCAGACCAAAUCCCAGCCUCAGUCUUCUCAUUAUUACUCAUCGUCUGGAUCCACGCGGUCUCCGCAGCCUCCCUCCCUGGAGAACCUCUCACUUGAAGAAAAAGACGAUGGCCCUUCGCGUGUGGGUCGCCCCCCGAUGCGCCAACGCGGCGAACCCGCUUCCGCGAUCGAUUCUCGAAAUCCAAUGAGCUUCUCCCGCUCGGCGAGCUCCCAUAAUUACAAAUACGGCACCAGCUUGUCCAACUCGACAAUGCCACUGCCACUGCGCGCCCCUCCUCCAAAUGGACUGCCACCUACUCCACCAGUCCCAGCAGGUGGGAACUGGCGAAGCCAGCCCGGUGCAACACCUCGUUAA